AAUAGAUGGUUUGAUUUGCGCCGAAGAGCUAUAGCUCAGCUUAUGUGUGCUGUUGUCUUUUGUUAUAUUCGAAUCUCUCGUAAAAAAAAAAAUAAGUUAUAGUAUGAGCUCUCAGAGAGAAAGGGUGCGUGAAGAAGUAAUGUAUCGACUUAAAAAUAGUGAAACUAGUAGAAAUAUAAUAAGAAUGGGUCCUCAAACUUUUUUAAAGUUAUGCGAUAUGUUAGAAAGAGAAGGGGGCUUACGACCUACAAGAUGGUCAAGUGUGGAAGAACAAGUUGCAAAAUCACUUUACAUACUAACCCAUAAUGCUAAAAAUCGUGAAGUCAACUUUUGGUUUCGUCGUUCGGGUGAGACAAUUAGCCGUCAUCUCCAUCAAGUUUUGAAAGCUAUUCUUGAAUUGGAAGAAAAGUUUAUUGUACAACCUGAUGGAUCAACGAUCCCCUUGGAAAUUUCUAGUAGCACUAGAUUCUACCCAUAUUUUAAGGAUUGUGUUGGUGCUAUAGAUGGAACACAUAUACGAGUCAAGGUAUCUGCAAAAGACGCCCCUCGUUAUCGUGGUAGGAAAGAGUAUCCAACACAAAAUGUUUUAGCAGCGUGCACUUUUGAUUUAAAGUUCACGUAUGUGCUUGCGGGAUGGGAAGGCUCCGCCUCUGACUCAAGAAUAAUAAAGAAUGCAUUAACACGAGAAGAUAAACUUAAAAUUCCUCAAGGAAAAUAUUAUCUAGUUGAUGCUGGUUUCAUGUUGACAAGUGGACUUAUUACGCCUUAUAGAGGAGUUCGGUAUCACUUGAAAGAAUUUUCGGCAAGAAAUCCACCCCUAAAUUAUAAAGAAUUGUUUAAUCUUUGGCAUGCGUCUUUACGAAAUGCAAUUGAAAGAGCCUUUGGUGUAUUAAAAAAAAGAUUUGAGAUUUUAUCAAAUUCAACAGAACCCGCUUAUGGAGUCAAAGCUCAGAAAUUAAUCAUUUUUGCAUGUUGCAUUCUUCACAAUUAUCUAAUGAGCGCAGAACCAAAUGAAGACCUUAUAGCUGAAGUAGAUGCCGAACUUGCAAAUCAAAAUGUAUCCCAUGACAAUCAUGAGGCAUCAAGAAGUGAUAUGGAUGAAUUUGCUCAAGGUGGAAUUAUAAAAAAUGGUGCAGCGCAUCAAAUGUGGUCAAAUUAUGAAAAUAAUGGUCAAACCUAA